AAUUGAGCUGGGAUUAUCUAUACUUCAACAAAAUUACUGCAUGGAAGUGAAUAAUGGCAAAGGCUCUGAGAUCUGGGUUGAUGUGUGGGUUACUGGACUGAAUUCUAAAGUUGAGCCUCUUCAUCCUUCUCAUCUCAAUUAUGUUUAUGUUAGUGAGCUAAUUAUUGAAGAAUCCAACUCAUGGAAUACUUCACUUCUUGACACGUUAUUUUCUCCGGAAACUGUAGAAAAAAUCAAAAAGAUGCAACUAUCUAUUCAAGAAGAAGAUACAAUUAGAUGGACUCCUUCGAAAGAUGGAAACUUCACUAUCAAGAGUGCAUAAAAUAAACUCAUGGAAACUAGGGUUCAACAACAAGCAGCCUUAAAUACUGUACCUGCAACAAUAUGGAAAGAACUUUGGAAGAUGAAACUGCCACAUCAUAUCAAACUCUUUAUCUGGAAAUGUCUUAAAGGAAUUGUUCCAACAAGGUUAAGACUGUCACAAGCAAUGCAGGACAUUGAAACCCACUGUGAGAUAUGCAAACAAGAAGAAGAAUCUAUGUAUCAUCUUCUUAUUAGCUGUAACCAUGCCAAGGCAGUCUGGAGAUCUCUCAGCAUCAACAUUGAUCAAAUUAUUGCUAACUGUCAGUCAAUACAGCAAUGGAUCAUAUCAUGGUUUCAAGAUGUUCAAAAUGUUGGUACUUUAGAUCGACAAAGUUGGAGGGAACUAUUAAUGGAGAGCGUACAGGGUUGAAAGGAACCUAUGCAGCUGGAAUAAUAGACGCUGAAGCUGGAGAAUGCAUGGCAAUUCUUGAAGGAUUAAAAUGGGCUAAAGAAAUGGAGUUGGACAACACCCAUCUGGUUGCUGAUGCUGAAGUUGUGGUUAAUUCAAUUAAUAAUAGUUCAUCAUCUUUAAGAUGGGAAAACAGAAAACUUUUGAGAGACAUCAAAUCUUUAUUAAGUUCUUUUUCAGUCGUUAAGAUCAGUUGUGUAAGAAGAGAAAAUAAUCAGUUAGCUGAUUCUAUCUCUAAAAAAGUCAGGAAAGAUAGAUUAGUGUUGGAAGAGUUUAGUCUUGACAUCUUAUGUAUUGAAACUCUGCGAUCCUGA